GAUCAUUUUGAUUCAUCUCUAACUAUAACUCAAGAGGUGGAGGUAGAAGGAAGCAACGGAAGGGAAGAAAGUCUCAGAUUAACAAUGGCAACUAUAGAAAUGCCUAGAAUCAAACUUGGAAGCCAAGGUCUCGAGGUCUCAAAAAUGGGUUAUGGUUGUAUGGGUCUUACUGGAAUUUACAACUCUCCUCUUACUGAAGAAGAUGGCAUUGGAAUGAUCAAGUAUGUAUUUAGUAAAGGAAUUACCUUCUUCGAUACAUCAGAUGUGUAUGGUGUUGAUCAUACCAAUGAAAUUUUACUGGGAAAGGCACUGAAGCAACUUCCGCGAGAAAAGAUCGAAUUAGCUACAAAAUUUGGUAUCUUCAAGAUAGAACCUACAAAAGUUCAUGUAAAAGGAACUCCUGAAUAUGUUCGUUCUUGUUGUGAGGGUAGCUUGAAGCGGCUUGACGUUGAUUAUAUUGAUCUUUACUACAUACACAGAAUUGAUACAUCAGUUCCAAUUGAAGAGACGAUGGGUGAACUAAAAAAGUUGGUUGAAGAGGGUAAAAUAAAAUACAUUGGAUUAUCUGAAGCAUGCCCAAGCACGAUAAGGAGGGCUCAUGCUGUUCAUCCCAUUACUGCUGUACAAAUGGAGUAUUCCCUUAUGACUCGUGAUAUUGAAGAAGAAAUACUCCCAGUUUGCAGGGAACUUGGAAUUGGUAUAGUUCCAUACUCACCGACUGGUCGUGGCUUCUUUGGUGGAAAGGCAGUAGUGGAAUCUCUACCUUCAAAUAGUUUUCUGCUAUCACAUCCCAGGUUUACAGAGCAAAACUUGGAACACAACAAAACCUUUUAUUACAGAUUAGAGACAUUGGCUAAAAAGCAUGGCUGCACUCCUAUUCAACUUGCACUUGCAUGGGUUCUUCAUCAAGGAGCUGAGGAUUUGGUACCCAUCCCUGGAACAACCAAGGCUAAGAACCUUGAUGAGAACAUUGGUGCGUUGAAGUUAAUGAAGUUAACAGAAGAUGAAUUGAAAGAGAUUUCUGAUGCAGUUCCUGUUACUGAGGUUGCAGGGAAGACUACAUAUGAAAACCUUUACCGCGUUUCUUAUAAGUUUUCGGAGACACCUCUACCUGUUCCUUCUGAAAAUCAGGCUGACUUACUUUGAUUUUCUUUGGUAGUUUAUUGUGUUUCUGCAUUCUGCCAUAUGAACUGGCAUUUUGUUUUUUUAAAGGGGAUACAAGCAAUCCAAUGGCCUCACUAAAAACACUUUAUAUCUAUGUAUGGAUCCAAAUAUGUUGUAAGCUAAACUUAGAGCUUGUUUUGAAGUUUUUUUUUUCAUUU